CUCGCAAUCAGUUAUCACCAGCCACCGACAAAGCUAGUAAGAUCUAAAUUAUCUAAAAACUAAAACAAAAGAGAAAGAUCGUAGAAAUUUCGCGGAGUUUUCUUGAUCAUCUUCAUCUUCAGCUGAUCCUUUCUCUCUCUCUCUCUCACUUUCCCUCCUCUCAACCCAAAGUCUCUGUUUUUCGUUACCCAGAAAUCUAAAUCCAAGUCUCGGACAUCAAACAUCAAACCCUGAAACUGAGCGUUAAACCCAUUUUGUUGACAUCCUUACAUUUCUCAAUUGUCCGCCACUCUUACCCACCAAACCACGAUUUCUUUUGUAAACUUCCCCGCCAUCCCUCUCUAUCCACCACUCUACCACCCAUGUACCAAAUCCUCAGUAGUGUCUUACGACGGUGCUUCAAGCGGAAGCGGGAGCCAGAAUCCGAGGACCAAAACGAGCCUCGCAAGGUUCUCGUCGUUGAAGGCGCAAACGAAGACGUCCAAUCAAACUCAAUCACAAGAAGCACCUCGUCAUCUUCUCAAUCUGGUUGGGACCACGACGUUUUCUUGAGUUUCAGAGGUGAAGAUACCCGCAAGAACUUCACUGAUCACCUUUACAGUGCCUUGGGUCGAGCUGGAAUUAAUACCUUCCGAGAUGAUGAGGGGCUUGAUAGAGGGGAGAGCAUCUCUAGGGAAUUACUCAAUGCGAUUCGUAGAUCAAGGAUUUCUAUUGUGAUUUUCUCUAAAGGAUAUGCUUCUUCUACGUGGUGCCUUGAUGAACUUGCAGAGAUCGUGAACUGUAAGAACACCAUAGGCCACACUCUUCUUCCCAUAUUUUAUCACGUGGACCCUUCGGAUGUCCGAAAACAGUCUAAAACUUUUGCAGAAGCCUUUAUUUGGCAUGAAAAGCGGUUUCAGACUGAUAUGAAAAGGGUGCAGAGAUGGAGGGAAGCUCUUACCGAAGUUGCAGAAUGUUCUGGCUGGGAUCUUGAAAGCUUUGCAAAUGGGUAUGAAUCAAGAUUCAUCGAAAAAAUUGUUGAAGAAGUCUCGUGUAAAGUGAACCCCUCUCACUUGAAUGUUGCCGAACACCCAAUAGGAAUGGAGUCUCGUGUUGAUGAUAUUAAAGAUUUAUUAAAUCUUGGAACAAGUGAUGUUCGCAUUGUGGGCAUUUAUGGAAUGGGUGGCAUUGGUAAAACAACUCUAGCAAAAGCUGUCUACAAUAAAAUAUGUGAUGUAUUUCAAGGAAAUAGCUUUCUUUCGAACCUCAAAGAAAGUUCAGAAAAGCAUGGCUUAGUUCAUUUACAAGAACAACUUCUUAAUGAUAUCUUCAAAACAAAUUUAAAGAUCUGUAAUGUUGAUAGCGGAGUCAGUAUAAUUGAGAAAAGAAUUCAAGGAAAAAAAGUUCUUGUUGUUCUUGAUGAUGUUGAUGACUUUGAAAACCUACACAAGUUGGUCAAAAAGCAAUGGUUUGGUCAAGGAAGUAGAAUUAUUGUAACAACUAGAGAUGAACGUUUGCUAAGUCAAUUGGAAGUAGAUAAAAAAUAUAAAGUAGAAGAACUAAAUCAUUGGGAGUCUCUUCGAUUGUUCAGUUGGCAUGCCUUCAAGAUGUACAAUCCAAAAGGAGAUUACUCGGAGCUUUCGAUUGAAGUAGUGAAGUAUGCUGGGGGACUUCCGUUAGCUCUUGUGGUUUUGGGUUCUUUUCUUAAGGGAAGAGCCAUUGCUGAAUGGAAAAGUGAAUUGAAAAAAUUACAAAGAACUCCUUAUGACAAGAUUCAAAAAAUACUUAAAAUAAGUUUUGAUUCAUUGGAAAAAACUCAACAGUACAUAUUCCUUGAUAUUGCAUGUUUCUUUGUUGGUAUGGACGAAGAAGAUGCUAUCAAAAUAUUUGAUGGUUGUGAAUUCUGUCCAACGAGUGGUAUCCCUACUCUUAUUCAGAGGUCACUUGUGUCAAUUGAUUACCAAAAGAAGUUGAAGAUGCAUAAUCUAAUUCGAGAUAUGGGGAGGGAAAUUGUUCAUGAAGAAUGUCCUGAAAAUCCAGGAAAACGAAGCAGGUUAUGGUUUCACGAGGAUGGCUUAAAUGUACUACGCAAUCAUUUGGGCUCGAAGAGAGUGGAGUGUCUCAUCUUAAAUCUCCCAGAACAAUUGAAAACUGAAGCAUUUAGAAAAAUGAAGAUUUUGAGAUUACUCCAAAUCAAUGAUGUAGAUCUCAUGGGAUCCUAUGAACAUCUCUCUAAAGAGUUAAAAUGGCUUUGUUGGCAUAAGUGCCCUCUGAAAUCUCUACCACAGGAUUUUCAUCUAAAGUACCUUGUUAUUCUUGACAUGCAGCACAGUAAUCUCGAACAAGUUUGGGAGACGGAGAAAAUAUUCAACAAUUUGAAGGUCCUUAAUCUCAGCAAUUCCAAAUCUCUCAUUAGAUCACUAGACUUCUCACAAGUCCCACAAUUGGAGAUAUUAAUACUUAAGGGUUGCACAAACCUCAAGGGCCUUCCAAACUUCUUAACAACCCCACAUCUAAAGAGUAUGAAUCUUGAAGGUUGUACAAGCUUGGUUGAGAUUCACGAGUCUAUUGGACUUCAAACAGGACUUAUUUUGUUGAAUUUACAAGGAUGUGAGAACCUUAGGAAUCUUCCAAGUAGUAUUUCUAACUUAAAAUCUCUUAAAACUCUUGUUGUGUCUAAAUGCUUUAGUCUUGCGAAAUUACCAAAACGAUUGGAGAAUAUGAUGGCUUUAACGGAGUUGUAUAUGGAGAACACUGCUAUCAAGCAACUACCGUCCUCAUUCAUCCAUUUGAGUAAUCUCGAAACUUUAUCAUUUCGUGGAUGUGAAUGUCUCAUCGAAUCACCGAAGUUUUUACGAACCUCACGUCUAUGGACACUGAUACUCGAAGGUUGUACAAGGUUGGUUGAGAUUAACGAGUCCAUUGGAUUUCUAAAAAGACUUUUUAGGCUAAAUUUACGAAGUUGUAAGAAGCUUAGGAAUCUUCCAAGUAGUAUUUCUAACUUGGAAUCUCUUGAAAUUCUUGACUUGUGGGAGUGCUAUAAAGUUGAAGAGUUACCGGAGCAAUUGGGGAAUAUGACGGCUUUAAAAAGCCUGAAUGCAGGGUGCACUGCUAUUAAGCAACUACCAUCCUCCUUUAACCUUUUGAAGAAUCUCGAAGAUUUAAGUUUUGUUGGAUGUGAAUAUCUCAUGAAAUCACCAGAGUUAUCAGAAACCUCAAAUCUAUUCGAACUGACAUUUGAAGGUUGUACAAGUUUGGUUGAGAUUCACGAGUCCAUUGGACAUCUAAAAUAUCUUGGUUCACUUGAUUUAAAAGGGUGCAAGAAGCUUAGGAGUCUUCCAAUUAGUAGCACUUCUAAUUUAGAAUCUCUUGGAAAUCUUAUAUUGUCUGACUGCUCAAAACUUGACAAGUUACCGGAACAAUGGGGGAAUAUGAAGGCUUUAUCGAUGCUUGUUGCAGACGGAACUGCUAUUGAGCAACUACCAUCUUCCUUGGGUGAUUUGAGCAAUCUUGAGAAUUUAAUAUUACCUGGAUGUGGAGGAACAUCCUCAUCAUGGAUAUCAUCCGAUAACUCCAACCGCAUGAGUUUGUUAUCCAUUUCUAAAUUACGUUCAUUGAUAGAACUAGAUCUUAGUGACCGCAAUUUGUCUGAAGAUGAGUUUUGCAUUGAAUUUGAAUGUUUAUCUUCACUUCGAAGAUUGAAAUUAUUAAGAAACAAUUUUCGUAUCUUACCUAGUUUCAUCAGCUGCCUUCCUAACUUAGAAGCAUUGGAUUUGAGUGAGUGUACUAGUCUUCAAUCAAUUUCACUUCCCACAAGAGUAAUAGGUUUGAAAGCAAAUGGCUGCACAUCAUUGGAAAGAAUCUCAAUUCUGACGAACGAGAGUUCAGGAUCUUUAGACCUUGACAUGUUCACCGUGUGCGAGUCAAUGUUUAUCCUUAAUAAUUGCCGCAAACUGGUUGAGAUUCAAAAUUUGGAGAGGUUGCAAUGUGUACCCCGUUCGGUUCACCUGGGAAGCUGCAACAAUCUAUCAUCGGAAUCUAUGAAUAGUGUUCUCCAGAUGAUGUGCAAGACAGAUUACGUUAGUUCCGUUCUCCUCCCCGGAAGUGAGAUUCCAAAUUGGAUUAGCCAUCAGGCAAUGGGUUCUUCAGUAUCUUUCCGUGUACCUCCGUUUUUGGAUGGCUGUAAAAUUAGCAAGGUGCUUUUAUGCAUUGUUUAUGCAGCAAACAAGGAAGCACCAGCUUUGGGUGAUGAAAUUUACUUCAUUUGGAGAUUAUGUAAUAAAAGUUCUAGAGACCAGUCCAACGACUGGUAUGACGUGGGACGAUGUGAGCUUAUAGAAAGAGCACCAGAUUUUGAUAUCUUUGAAGAUCAUAUACAUGCACAAGUGAUGGCUUGGCGCGAUACCUUAUGGUACAGACGAAAUAGAAUUAAGAUGAGAAGUGGAGAUGAAAUAGAGGUCGCCAUCGAUCUACAUACACGGUUCCAGGGAAGAGGUUGUAUGCGUAGAAUUGAUCCGCAAAUUGUGGAAGUGAAGAGGUGUGGAAUUCAUUUUGGACUUGAUGGUGAUGAGCCAAGUGUUAGAGAUGAUGAUGAGAUCUCUGAAAGUGAAAGUGAGGAGGAUUCACGAUUGUAGCCGUCCCUCACCAAAUUUAGACCACAAUUCCUCCCAAAUAUAUGACAGACAGUCGUGGCAGUUAAAAAAGCGAAUUGGUGAAAUGCAUGAGAAACCGUUUCUUGUUGUCACUCAAAUUCCCUCACAGACCGCAUCUGUCUGCCUUAAGCUGCUCCCACGCAUUCGUUCCUCACCACCGCUCCAGCUCUUGACUCGUCCACUUAAAGAUCUAGCACGGAACACGAGUCGAAAGCCAAAAAUUACAGAAGCCAUGUUCAUCUUCAAAAUCUCAUAUGGCUUGGUUCAAUGAUUCCGGUACAGAGAUUCCACUUUUCAUUUUUCACUCUCACAAUGACUUGGUUCAGAAGCCUAAUCCGAGUCUCCAGCAUCAAACCCGGAAACAGAGCGCUGAACCCAUUUUCAGCACAUGAAGGGCCUCCACACCAAGCUCUACGAAUUGUAUGCGUGUCUCCUCGGAACCACAUGGUGUUCACGCCCCUCCUGGCCUCCACCUACGUGGGGACCCUGGAGGCUGGAGUUCAGGUCCAUCGCCGAACCAACUAGCAGGAUCCAACCCGCCAUCUCUCUUGAACCUGGGUAUUACUUCUUUUUGUCCAAUUGUACGGGCAUUGAUGGCGAUAUUCAUUUGGCAAACGAGAUUAUUUUCCUUUGAUGAUCGCCUCAGGCACUAUGCUACUAAACAGUUGACAAAGGUAAGAGAUGCAUGAUCAAUGGGAAGAGCUUGUUUGUCUCUAUCUUAAAAAUGCCGUUGUGGACUAUGUAUUGCAUAUUCUCAAAUUGAAAGUUUGUCUAAUCUUCGUUAUGGAAGAUUAUGUUUAACUCUUUGGAAGUUCCAAAAUCUCCAGGUGGAAGGUUAGUUACUAGUUCUAUUUGGUUCAUGACAAUGCAUUUCUACAUCAUUCUCAGUCCCAUAUGAGGUCUCUCUAACUCUUGGGACAAUUGGCUGGGAAAUUCUGGAAAUCUUUUUGUAGUUGCAUAGGAAAGGCAGUUUGCUUUCGUUUUCCCUGACACCAUAUUAUAAUGCCUUCACGCAUCAAAUCAAAUUGGAUUUCAGUAUUUGUAUUCAGGAUUGGUGUUGAUGAGUGGUUACGCUUUCCUUCCGUGCAGGAUGUGUUUGCCACUGCUGAUUGCAGUGGGUUUCUUGAAAGUACUAGAAAACCAACUCUUCCAGCUUUGGCUCAGGUUGCAGAGCGGCAGGGGAAAUAUCUAUCACAUCGAUUAGAGCUGGUGGAGGUCAUGCCAAUGGAGCAAAUGACAUGGAACUCGGAGAUCCAUUUGUUUACAAGCAUGGCAACCAUUGGCAGAUACAAGGCUCUCGUAGAUCUUAGGCAGAGCAAGGAGCCUAUGCCUACCUAUAUUUCUUCUCCCUCCCUGCUCCUGAUAGUUGGAUGACAGGUUUGCGGGGGUCUAUAUACUAGUGCAGUUUGGCACGUUUCCUUGGGAUAUGUUGAGCAGAGUGCAAAUGACUUUGCCGCCGCAUCUCCAUGGUGUGAAUCCACUUUGAAUUUGAAGAUGAUCUCAAAUUAUGGACUUUUUUCUUGCACAGGCGUGAAGUGAAGAAAACGUUUCCUUGGGAUAUGUUGAGCAGAGUGCAAAUGACCUUUUAUAGAACCAUGCAAGGGAAUUCUUUUCGUUCCACUUCAGAGCUCUUAACACUUCAGAUCUGGGGAGAGCAUUUUCAGAGAAGACAGCCAUUGAUUGGACUGGUGAACCGGCAUUGCAGACUGCAUAACCUUAACUGAUACAUGUUUUGUUAUUAUUUGUUUAGUUUUUUGGUAAAUAACAAGUAUGAAUUGACUACUUUUGCUAGAGAAAUGAACUAGCCUUUGUGGAUGACAAA